AUGGAUGCUGUCAACCCAGAUGAAAGUAAGCCUCAGCCGUCUGGCAGUCCAGAGGUCUGGUCCAAUGGGCGAGCUGCAUUAUGCAAUGCGGUGGAAAGCUACUUCAAUUCCCAUCAAGGCUCUCAGUAUGCCUGCAAAGGCAAACUAUACGGCUUGCUCAUUGAUAAGUAUGCUUGCCACCGUGAUAUGGUCAAGAGCCAGAUUAUCAUCACAAAUGUUGGUGGUGGGAGAAAACUGGACAGUACCACAGGCCAGAUGGCCAGGACUCAGAAUCAGGAUGACGCUUGCUCGCAGCUUAAGGUAUUGAGAGCUGCCUUAAAUAACAGAGAUGUCAUUGUUGUCAUUUCAGGCUCACAAUACCCUUACUUCCCGGUUGUGAUUCCUCACACAUACAACGUGCUGGAUCAUUUCAUUAUUACCGAUCUGUGGCCCGAAAAAGAUGGAAAAAACAUAUCUCAUUGGAAGAUUCGCCUCGAAAAGUUCGACCUGCAAUCCGUGUCAUGGUGGACACCCCAUGGCGAAGAGGACCGCGAGCAGUUUAAUGCUGGCCAGUACAUUUGUGAGGCACAGAUGUGUCCGACUUGCGAGACUGAGAGCAAAAUUAUUUUCCAGCAAGGAUGGAUUUGCUUGAACAAUAAAUGCGAGGAAUUCUUCCGCUGCGAGUCUGGUGCAGAUGUGGAUAAGUUGACUUACGACGAGAAGUUUGUCAAUGAGAGAUCCCAUCGUGUGGGGCCCCUCGAGCCUGUCCCCUUGGUACCUGCAUUGCCAAAUGCAGAAGGUGGAGACUUUGGAACAGAAAAGAAGUUCAAGAUGGGCAUGGUAUGCCCCAAAUGCCGAUGCUGCAGUCGCCGAAUGCACUGGAAGGGCUGGGAAUGUGAGAACCCUGAUUGUGAUUUUACACAUACGGUUCAGCUACGGGAAGUUCCCGCUGCCAAUGCUGUCAAAGAAGAGCAGCAGGGCAAGCGGAUCAAAGCGUCCUCUUACAAUGAGAAAUUAGUUGGGCGCUGGGACUUGAAAAUUGCUGGAUAUGAUGUUGAGGCGUACAGUUUCCCUGGCAAGGAUGGCCAGGUCGUUGGAUCAGUCUUUGUCUACCGAGCGACAAGUGACAUACGAUCCAAAGUGAAUGGACCAGAUGACCUAUAUAGAGCGAUGCAAAAGGAAGAUCUGCGACUGAAAAGAAACCCCGCAAGGAACCCAGGUGCCCGAGUCGAACAACUCACCAACCACUUCAGCAGCAACUGGGGAGCCUUCUACAAGUUUGGGGUCUUGGUCGAAACCAACGGAUUUGCCGAAGCACCGGAACCUAUUCUACGUGGACAGGCACAGCUCGACUGGGCUCACAAGGAGACCAUUUCUGCCAUGAAGGAGCUGUUUGAAGCUGAGGAGAUUGAAUACUGUGAGGAUUCUAUGACAUUGGAGCCUCAUACUUUCAAUGAACUCCUGUCCCUGGGCUACUUUGAGAGCUGUGUGAUCAAUUAUCACGACGACGGCGAGAAGGAGUUAGGACCUACGGUCGCAACCCUAUCUUUAGGAUCACCUUCCAUCAUGAACUUUGCCCCAAAGAGUUCGAGUGGAAUCGGAAAGAAAACAAAAGGAAAAUACGGACCGGCUGUUCUUUCCUUUCCACUGAACCAUGGAGACAUCGUGGUCAUGCAUGGAAGCAUGAUUCACAAGCACUAUGUGCAUUCGGUGAAACCAGCCGGGAAAUUGCGUUUUGCAUUGACCUGCCGAUACAUUCGACCGGAGACAAUACAUGACCCCAAGGCCCGUGCAGAGGCCAUUGAGAAAGGGAAGAUUCCGGAGGGAAUCGAGCAACUGGCGUACAAGGGUACCGAUGAGCCAGGUCAGAAUCUGAAUCUCGACGAUAACAGCCGUGGCAACGAUCAGUAA